GAGCACAUGGUAUUGGCGAAAGUGAUCAUAAAUAAUAUCAAGUUAAAAGGUAGAGAUAAAGGCGCGAAACCUAUGGCAAUGAUGGUGAGCAGUUGGAGGAAGGCAUUGCUGCUGCAGCUGUCUGUUGUGUUUACACUCGGCUCUACACUGGCAUCGGCACUCUACUUUCCGCAGUCGGACUUGACGCUGAGGCUGCCUUAUUAUGGGAAGAGUGAUGCGACGGCGAAUCCGGACAUUAGUAUUUUCGUCUUGAGAACAUUAAGGAAUGAUUCAGCGGUUUCCAGGGAUCCGAAGUACCAAAUUGUUUCGGAGAAUGAUAGGGCGGUGAGGCUGGAUGAAGGGACUGGAGAAAUUAGUCUGCAAUCUCUGCCGAAGAAAGGUGGUGGUAAAACUAUUGUCGUCCAGGCGAAGGAACGUGGUGGCGAUGCAACAAUAGAGAUUAAACUGCAACCCACUGAAAUUAAAGGGGAUAGGAUUAAUUGCUCGGAGUUCACCCAAGACGUGUGUUUCUGGGAUGUAGCGAAAUACAAAAUUUAUGAGAACCAACCGUCCACGAUGCUCGGGAAAAUUGGACCCGCUGCUUACAGAACAUUGUGCCCAAAUCUCCGAGUAACUCGCUAUGAAUUGCUGAAUGGAACCGAUUAUUUUCAUAUAAUAAACGAGGAGUUAUACUCCAACGCCUCCCUGGAUCGAGACACCCUGGAUUACCCGGGGGGUCCAGGACCUCACCUGGACCUCCGAGCUCGAUGUUUUCUCUGGGAAGAGAGGACCGGGCGGCAAUAUAUUCAUGAGAAAAAUCUCGACAUCGACAUACUUGAUCUGGACGACAACCCCCCCAUCGCACAAAUUGACACCAAUGUUGAAAUAGAGCUUGCGGAUUUCAAAGCGGGCACGAGACUGGACAACAACGAGCUCAUGGUGAACGACGCUGAUGCAGCUUCGAGUAAUGUCUACAGCGUCAGGAUCUUGGGGGAUAUACAUAAUGCGUUGAAUAUUACGUUCAAUACGAUGUCCAUUGAACAUCCGACUCGACCAGAAACUCCACCAUAUACCGCAAUUUUCACAAGAAUAUUCUCCAGGACAACGCUCCUUCCUAAAUCUCCAUACAGAGUGAUCCUGCAAGUAACCGACGAGUCGCUGCUCCCGGGAAAAGGCGAAAAAUCGGUGAAUUUCACACUAUCAUUCGUGGGACCUCAGCACCAUACGACAUCUACAACUACUCCUAUACCGCUGGAUAAACCCAUUUCCUUUCCCGAUAACAUCACAGUCUCUCGGACGGCCUCUAGAUUCGCCAGGGUGGCGCAGCCAUUCGUAAAACCCCUUGCCACUCAAAUAUUUACCAUCGUAAAUUCCAAAAUCUUUAAUAUCACCGCUAGGGGAGGAAUUAUUUAUGUCUCCAAUGAGACAACGCUGAGAAAUGCCAGUGACCGAAUUCCAUUAAAGAUUAAAUGGAUAUCCCCGAACCGCAAGGUAUCCACUCAAAGCCUGCUGGUGUUAGUGUCGGAGAUACCUAAAUCAGUAGUAGGUAGUUGUUUCGAUCAACCGGGAGAAAUCCACUCCUGUGCGAACGCUGCGACGCAGAAGGAAUGCGAGAAGCUGUGCGGCGUAGGCGUGGGAAUAUUUAUGAAUAAUGAUCCCUCGGGCUGCACUUGGAGAUCGAAUAACCGUUCGCAUUCGAUCACGGAGAGGUAUGAAACCUGCUCUCCUGACAGGACUCAUUGUCCGGAUCAUGUUUGCGAUGAGCUGGAAUACUUAGAUCAUCGGAUAUGCCCGCAGGAUUGCGCCAUUGAAGAGGAGAUAACAUUCGGCGUAAUGAACAAAAACGGAAGGGGUAUAAAGGAAGCGGAGGGGGUGUGCGCUUGCACUGACGAGAUGAAAUGUACCUGCGGUCGGACGUAUCGCAAUGGUGCAGGAAAAAAGAGCAACAGCACCAUAAACGGAACUAAGGGCAGCGGUAGUAAAGACGCCCGAGAUGGAGGGAAAACUAAGAGAGAGCGGGAGAAGGAGGUGGAGAUGGCUGUGUCAGACGCUCAUAAAGUUGCCUCUGGUUCCAAGUGCGGAACUGAGUGUGUGAUCGGAGUUUUUCUGGCAAUAUCCAUUGCUAUAUUCAUCGUGAGUGGCAUCGUCGCUUGUUGGUGGAAGAACAGGAAUUUGCGGAAGGGAGGAAGGCGCGAAUGCAAACACCGAUCCGACGACAUUAACAACGGUCUCGGCAUCUUACCUCUCGAUUACCUGGACCGAGGCGACGGACAGCUAAUUAAUAUCGAGACCUUCGCCAGUAUUAACCGCAGUCUUCUUCUCCCGAAAACAUCGCCCGAUCCAAAAUGGGAAUUCCCAAGAUCUCAACUGACGAUAGAACAAGUUCUCGGUGAAGGUGAAUUCGGCAGAGUACUUCGUGCAAAAGCAGUAGAUAUUGGUGAUUGGCCGGGUCACACAACAGUUGCAGUGAAAACCCUCAAGGAGGAUGCCAGUGGUUCUGAACUUGCUGACCUUCUCUCUGAAUACCAACUUCUCAAAGAAGCACAGCAUCCAAACGUCAUCCGCCUCCUGGGAGCUUGCACAACACCCGGUGGCCCAGUCUAUCUCAUCAUCGAAUUUGCGGAAUUCGGCUCCUUGAGAAAUUAUUUGCGGAGAAGCCGACAUCUGGAGUCAGAGGGCCGAGUGCCGUGCUCCACAUCGUUACUCUCCGCCUCUCCAGGUAACACCCGGGAUGACGUGCAGGACGCGUCCGCAAAUUACGAAAUAACUCCCCACGAUAUUCUGUCAUUCGCCUGGCAGAUCAGCAAAGGCAUGGCUUACCUCGCUGACAUCAAGCUCGUACAUCGCGAUCUCGCCGCACGAAAUGUCCUUCUCGCUACUGGCAAGGUUUGCAAAAUCUCCGAUUUUGGGUUGACACGCGAUGUCUACGAGGAUGAUGCCUAUUUGAAGCGAAGUAAGGGUCGAGUCCCAGUGAAGUGGAUGGCGCCUGAAUCACUAGCGGAUCACGUGUACACGAGUAAAUCAGACGUGUGGAGUUUUGGAGUGCUUCUAUGGGAAUUGGUAACCCUUGGGGCGUCCCCUUACCCUGGAGUUGAUGUUCAUAAUCUGUAUAAUCUACUAAAAGCGGGAUACCGCAUGGAGAGACCAGCGAACUGUUCACCUCAGCUAUAUAAAUUGAUGGUGUCGUGUUGGCACGAUGAAGCAGGAAUGCGACCGUCGUUCAAAGAACUCACCUGUCAGUGGGAGCGUAUGCUCGAAGAUGGUGUUGAGUAUCUUGACCUCAAUCCACGAACUGUUCACAAUCAGGCGUAUUUUGCGUCACUCCAUGCUCUGGACAGUCCGAAUUCAAACAAUGACGGAGUAGUGAGUGGUAAUUUCAAUGUCUUCCGUACAGAGGCUGUAAACUACCUCAGCAAGCCCUUGUCAGAGCCAAUAAACAAGUGCGAUAAGAUCGACAAACUCCAGGCACUCUGGCAAGAUCCGGUCUGUUCAUUUCCGAAUGGAUCAGUGAAAUCGACGUACGUCAAUGACAGACCGGAUAACUUGAAUGUCAAUCAUUACGAGAGCCCUAUCAGACUGAGGAAGGUUAGUGUUGUCAGUAACAGUGAGAAUGAUCUGAGAACAUCGACCAGUGAGCGACCCCAGUCGUACAUCGAUAUGCAGGGCAGAAAGUCAGAUCAGGAGGAUCUACUGCUUUUCAACGGCAGCGAUCCGAAUGAUGAUAAGGAUGAUGAGUCGAGGAAGGAACUCACCAAGUGAUCUGAGUGAUAAUGCAGCGAUACCAAAGACUUCUCUUUUGAGUGUACAUAUGAUGUUGGGACAGUGUGCGGUGCCAUAUAUGAACAAUGCUGAAUAGACGGCGAUUUUCAGCUGGAAUUGUUCGCUGAUUUUAUUUGUAAAAAAUAUCGUUAUGUACUUAAUGCAUACGUAGCCUUAAAUUCUCGAUGAGGCAUUGAGAUCAACCUGUGUCGAUUGGGAACAUACGCUGAGAGAAAAUAAAGAUUUUCGGGGAGUAAAAAAUUCUUGCCACAAACGUGUCUGAAGAUUGAGGUAAUCGGACCAUUUUUGUGACAAAAAUGGAUAGUUUUGAGAAGAAAUCGUGUGGAUUGUCACAAUUAACGAUCAAGAUUGUGAAAAAUUAUUUAAUUUACAGUGUCCUCUGAGAUACCCCAAGAGAUUUUAGCUUCGGGGAUUGGAAUUUCAUGGAUUUGAAUCGUGGGGAAUGUUGUUAUUCUUUCCUGGUUAUAUCCCUUUAAAUAAAAAAGGAAAGUAGCAAUUCUUCUCCGAUUUUUAUGUGAAUAGGUUGUAUUUAAUUAUACCCUCGAGGGGGAAGCACGAUAUAAUUUUCGCUUUCUGAUGACAGAUUAAAUUUGUUUAUAUGGGCGUUUGUGUGGAUAGGUCUAAGUACCAGUAGAUUUCCACGUGAACGAAUGAUAAGAUCUCGAUGUCUUUGAUUCCAAUUCGAAUUCGUUUAAGUCUCCCUAACGCUCAUAAGUUUUUUUUAGUAGUGGAACGUUGUUCAGGACAUUUAAACGCUAUAAUCUUCUUCACUUCAGCGCUUUUUGUCCCAUAAUUAGUGAUUCUGAGUGACGAAUUUGCCCAGUUUAUUGCGUUCAGAGCGGGAACAAACUCUCCCAAAAAUAUCAGGUAGAAGAGACUCCGCUACAACUGUUCAGAAGGAGAGUAAUCGAGGGGAAGCCCCUACUGUCGGACUGACCAGUCCGUUCCUUUGGUUUGCCGAGGUGGGAGGUGUGGAUGUGCGUGGGGGAACGCAGGGAACGGACUAGUCAGUUUGCUCCACUCGCAGUGGCCCUGCCGCGCAUUUCUAUCGCGCAGAGGAGCACACAUUCUAUACUUACACAUGUUUAGAUUAUUACUGGUGGGGGAAGUUAACUUCUCCAACUGAAAUCUUAGAGAAGCGAAACACAGGAAAUAUCCACUGUACGCAAUUUUUGGAUUCUUCAUCAUUGAAGAUGAACUCAAAUGACUUAUUUGAAAAAGUAUUUAUUCUUGUCACAAGAAUGGUCCAAUUCCUCGCAAUCUUCAAAACCUUUUCAGCAUGCGAUCGAGGAAAAUAUCGUAAUAAGAAUCGACUUGAUCCUAGAAAUCUGCUCUUUCUCUCAGUGUAUAAACAAGUGCUAUGCAAUCAAAUGUUUAUGCUUCCUAAACUGAACAAAGUAUAUUUUGUUAAUUUAAAUAUAGGCGGAAGCGGGGAUUCGGCAAAUAUUUUAGGGCAGUUGUUUUAUUUUUGGUUUCACAGUAAAACCAUAACUGGAGAUGUGAAGCGGUAAUGAUACGGGUAAUUUACGGAACCGGUAAUUUACACAUCGAUAAAAUACCAAAAUUGUGAAUAAUCAGUUUCACGUUGCAAAUUAUUGUAAUUACCUAUUUUUAUUUCUGCACCAUAAAUUCACAUUUAUAUAGAGCAAUUUUCUUUUUAAUUUACCAUUAGUUUUUAGUAAUUUUCAUGAUGAAUUCCCUGGCCUUUCGAAUUUUAUAUCAACUUAAUAUGAUUAUUAUUAUCAAAGAGUUGAAAGAAUUCGAUGAGCAUUUCUUUUUGAAUAAUAAUAAUCUGAAUGGGAAGAUAUGGAUUAUUGAAAUGCAAAAAAUAUUUUAAUAUAUUAAAUGUAAAUUAAAAGACAUUUAUAUAGAUGUGAAUUGCAAUAUAUUUGUCGGAAAAAAUCUUGCGGUAAUUCUGCAUCAAAAUAAAAUGACAGUGACUCCUACGCAACAAUACCGUAACAUUACAGUAUUUUUACAGAAAAUUUACCAGAAAUAAAAUUACCGGUAAUUUCACAUCUCUAACCGUAACAUUGAAGACUGUAUUUUUUCGUACCUUACUUAGUGAAGAUGAUGAAGCUCCUCGCUUUAUAUUUGUAUAAACCACACAUUCCACAAUUAGUCUUCUAUUUAUUCUGCUGAGGAUAUAAUUUGAGUGUGUAAGCACAAUGUGCAAUUUUUAAGGGGGAAAUGUGAAUGAUUGCAUGUGUAUCAAAGUGACUUUAUU